CUGACCAGCUGUUUCGUCUGUUUUUUAGACUGGUGCUCGUCUGUCUACACGUGGGGAAGAGACUUUCGUCGGGGACACGUUUAAUAAACUCACUUGAGCAAUAUCGCUCUCAUCGUGGCGACACCGAGGACCCUACAAUACUGUUCAACAGUUGAUUAUAAAGAGCAGCUGGGAUUGCCGGGAGCGUGCGCGCCACAUCCAGAUCAUGUGAUGCAUUCCUCCAGGUGUAGCUGUUAAUGUCCUGAGGAAAUGCCACUGAGGUUUCGUUCGGUCGUGCCCUACACACUGCCCGGAGUCCUUGCACUGAUUGGCUGGUGGUGGUACAUCUCGCGGAAGAAAGAGCGGCUUAUCAGCCAUGACAGCCCAAACGGGGCUCCAACAACACCGGGUCUUACACCUCCAGCCGAGAGUAGCAACGGUUUGGAUGAGAAAGGGCCUAUGUUUCCCACAAAUGACACAGAAAGCCCCACCCACAGACCUCCGAAGGUCAAUAACUUGAGAACAGAAAAUGAGAAUUUAGCCCAAAUCCAAGUGCAUAGCACUGAAGCAGUACCCUCAAUCAAACCAAAUUCUGAGGAAGCUGCCCCCCCACUUGACAGAAUAAAUAAAAAAGAAGUCCAUAUACUCUCAGCCUUGACUCAUCUAUCCCCUUGCAAAGAAGACAAUCCACAGAGGUUAUUGAAAGUCAACAAAGACCUGGAGAGAAGAUCAACACCCUUCUUGGUAAAAGAGCUAGAGGACCACCUAGUCAUAGAUCCAGCCUCUCCUGAAGCCCCAGCAAAAGGGGUCAUCUUGCCCUGCCAGUCUACCAAAGUCACCAGCUCCCCCACCACAACACACCUUUCUGAUGCAAAGAGGCCAGAGCCUGAAGGGGAAGUCGCAAAUCACUACAGCACUGUUAAUACGCAAGAUGAGAAGGUUGUUUGUGCAGCCACCACGCCUAAAGUGCAGCGAGGUAUCCCUUCAGAGGCAGACUCUCUAGAGACACCCCCUUCAGCACAGGAUUUCCACCAUCACAUUCUAACCAGCACACCUACCUCCCUGGCCGCAACCGCCACAGCCCUGAAAACGGUCCAAGACUAUGCCACCAUAUCACAGACCGAAGAAGACACUCAGGCACUCUGUGGCCAUGGGAAGCAUCAGGAUCUGGAACUACUAGCAGCUGGACUAAUAACUGAGGUCAUCUCAGCAGCUACGCAGGAGAUCCUGGGUGUCACCAGCUGCCAAUUCACACAGCCCAGUUGCAGUAGCAGCACACCACUGGCUAGCGCCAACCAGUGCUCCCAACAGGAGCCAACGGCAAUGCGGCAGCAGCAUCUACUGACUAGCCCCUCUAAGAGAAACACUGAGUCUGGAGAGGCCAAAGGGCAAGGGAUGCCUAACGGAUGUUCCUCCACUCCAGUAUGGGAGCCUGUUGAGAUCAGUCACAGGGCUCGUCAGACUAACCAUGCACAGAAAGGCCAUUGGCUAACGCCCUCGCCUCAAGAAGCACAAAGUACCCUUUUGCCAAACUUGAAACUGAAAGGCGAUGAAGCAGCGCUGGCUGACGACUCUGCCUGUAGUACAUGCCACUCAGAGGAUGGCAUGAGCAAUGAGGACCCUCAGUACAGCAUGCCUGAAAACGAAAUUGAUGCAAUCCAGGUUACAGACUUGUCAUCAAAAGAAGCAACACAGCCUCAAUCCCAGGACAGUGUCUCAGAGGAAGCUGAAGGAAUCUCACUGGAAGCUGUGUGCGAGAUUAAGAGGCUCAAUGGAAUGGACCUCAGAAAUGGAGCUCACGGAACAUGUGAGGGGGAGACGGACCAAUCAGGAGGGUCUGAUGUAAACAGCAUGGACUCUGUGGACAGCGGCUGCACUAUGGGUGCUGGGGAGGGCCAGACCAACCACGCUGCCUUUUCCAACGCUGAGCUCGUCAUCUGGGAGAUUGAGGUGCCAAAGCAUCUUGUAGGGCGUUUAAUAGGGAAGCAGGGAAGAUAUGUGAGUUUCCUGAAGCAGAACUCUGGCGCGAAGAUCUACAUCUCCACCCUGCCUUAUACACAGGAGUUUCAGAUCUGCCACAUAGAAGGUACGCAGCAGCAGGUUGACAAAGCCCUGUCUCUGAUUGGAAAGAAGUUUAAGGAUCUGGACUUGACCAAUCUAUAUGCACCUCCGCCACCCGCACUAACAUUGCCAUCACUUCCUAUGACGUCCUGGCUCCUGCUCCCCAGUGGAGUGACUGUGGAAGUGAUAGUGGUAAAUAUCGUGUCAGCUGGUCACGUCUUCGUCCAGCAGCACACCCAUCCCACUUACCAUGCUCUGCGGAGCCUCGACCAGCAGAUGUUCCUCUGCUACUCUCAGCCGGGCACCCCUGCCCUGCCCUCACCCGCUGAAGUGGGUGUGAUCUGUGCAGCUCCGGCCGCAGAAGAAGCCUGGUGGCGAGCUCAGGUCAUCACCUUCUAUAAGGAAACUAAUGAAGUAGAGAUCCGAUACGUUGACUAUGGAGGCUACGACCGGGUCAAGAUUGACUCACUGCGGCAAAUACGGUCUGAUUUUGUAACACUACCAUUUCAAGGGGCUGAAGUUUUGCUUGAUAACAUCGCGCCUCUUCCAGGAGAGGAUCGUUUUUCACCAGAAGCAACUGCAGCACUGGAGGAGAUGACCAGAGGAGUGGCCUUGCUUGCUCAGGUCUCCAACUAUGACAACAACACAGGCCUCCCUCUGGUCCACCUGUGGAACAUGGUCGGAGAAGAGGUGGUUUCGUUGAACCGUACGCUAGCAGAGAGGGGCCUGGGGGUUUGGCUGGAUGGAUUCUGAAUGCCCACAUGCUCUGAACACACCCCAUCUACCCUGUUCUCUUGUGAACAGCUGUCUUGGACCUGGGUUGUCUUGAGGUCCCAGGCCGCACCAGACACAGCGGUGGAUCUAAGAUUGUUUUUUCUUUCAUUGCUCCUUUUUUGUCUUUUUUUUUUUUUUUUUCAAACCCCUUAUUUCUUUGGAAAAUAAAUUAAAAAUUGUUUUCAGGCAUAAUCUGCAAGAACAGCGCUGCUUCAAAAUAAGACGACCUCCCCUCUUGUUCUUGUACUCAAACUUAAAGAAGGAAAUUAACAGGUACUUGAAAAAGAAAAAAUAGUAAACAUUUUUUAAAUCUAUAUUGUAACUAAAUAAAGGUUCAGCCAAUACUUUUGUCCACCCACAUCCCAACUUAAUUUCUUGCCCUUCGCUUUUGCUCACUGACUUGAUCAUUGUGCUGUAUGGAGGCACUAACGCCUGUGACACUUGUGAACAGCUUUUAAGUUUUAUUGGCAUGUCAGUCAGUAUGUCUGUAGGUUACAGUUCAAAGUUAACUCCUGAUAUUUGGGCUUCUUCUUUGGAUAGAAUGAGGAGGAUGGGCCAAAAUGGCUGAGUGACAGCAGUGACAAAAGGAGGUGAGGCUAGAGCACCCAGGCAGGGUUUCAUCGAGACAUGGAAAUCUGUGGGGUGUCCAUCCAGAGCUGCUGCUGCUCCUCCUCCUUUUUCAACCAGAACAGAGCUGGUUGCCUUUACGCCACCUUUCUCCGCCAGCUUGCACUGUGGUUUUUUAGAGGCAGACAUUUUAACCCACCAUAAAUGUAGUUGAACAAUCUCUCAUAUUGAAGCUCAAAGUUAGGCAAGAUUUCAUUAACUCAAUAAUUCCUGACGGCAUGUCAACAAGCCGACGUGAGGCUCGUGAUGCAGAUCGUUAAAGGGGCUGUUUGUUAAAGGCUGACAGAACUCUUGAUCCACUCAUUUGGUGACACCACCUCCAAAUCCCCAAAUGUUCGCACUCUACUACAGAAACCACUUGAAAUAUGUUGAUUAACUGCACCAUUACUGUUAUUUCAUCAUGGAUAUGUCCUCUGGUAUAAUUCCAAAGAAGUGGAUUUUGUUUUGGCUUGGGUGCCGUAUUCAAACACUGUUAGUAGGUUUUCAGUCUGCUCUACACAUGACUAAACUCUGACAUGGGAAAAAAAACACUACACAUGAUUUAGUUUGCAGUGCUGCUUCUCACAGUCGAUCAAAUAUUCGCCCAGGAGCCCUGCUGCUCUCUGCGCCUUACUGUCCAACACAGACAGCAGGGUCUUGUUCUUCACUUGGAUGAGGAUUUACUACUACUAUCUGUUAAUGUUAUUGAAAUGUUGGUGGCCUUGCAUCAACUUGCCUUAACUGAGCCUAUUGUAGGGUAUCAAUAAACUAAUUGAAGUAUCAGAGCUUUUUAAAGAUGUAACCUGAUCCAACAUGGAUCUGGUCAGAUGAAUUGAAACCCCCAAUUCACAGUGAAGAGAACAAGAGAAAAUUGGGGUAUAACAACUUUAGAAAGCCUUGCUAAUUGUGUUAAGACUAUAAAUGAGAUGAUCUAGCAGUUCUGUGAUGUUGCUUUAUGAAACGGCCCUCUGGAUUAGCUGAACUACAUUUGAAGAACAAGGUCCUGCUGAGUAGCUGGACCCACAGGCGCAUGAGGGGGAGACCCUCUUCUGUUCCGUCUAUCUGAAUAUCCCUUUUGCUCUCGUAGUAUAGCAUCAUAAUGUUCAUCCAGUGUCACAACAGCUGACCUUUCCUGUCUUUACACGUCAGUGUUCAAUGGAGCCCAAAGAGGCUGAACAAACCAUGUAAGGGAUUCAUUUCCAACCCCACUGUAAUUCUAAAUAGCAUAAACUCCAUUUCUUUUUCUUUUUUUAAGUCUCUUUUUAAAUGAAAAAUGAAAACAUUGUUACCCGAGCAAUAUGGCAGCUUUAUUUUGAACUUGAAGGACGGAGUGUGCAGGAUGGUGGGCUUUAAGUGCUCCAUGUAACACCACUACAAGGAAUGUUUCCCACAUAACAAAACACUUUAAAACGUUAUUUGGAUCAUGUCAAUUUAUCUCAGGAAUGGUUGAUUCGAUAUUGGGUUGAGGACUCUAUAUACCCGAGGGCAGCUGAUGGAGCAAAGGGGCAUGAUUGGGAUUAUACAGAGACAAUUCAAAUUUAUGGGAAAUUAGGCAAUUUAACGAAUAACAUUGAAGUUUUUUAGUUCUUAAAGUCUGUGUUGGAAUUGGAGCAGUAGCCAUAUGGUCUCUUGUUGGCUUGUGAGUGUACUUCCUCUCUGUUUCACAUGAACUGUCUGAUCCGGUCUGUCCCCCUUUUUUAAACCAGAUAAAUAACCUCACCAAACCUUAAAACAUUGUUUUAAUCCAAAUAGAGUUUUGUUAAUUUCUCUGUAAAUAAGAUAUUUGACUGUACUUUUCUAUAACACUGGAGAGAAAGGUAUAAAGGGAUCAUUAUUGGUAUUCUUCUGUUUGGUUUGUUCUGGUUCAUCCUGCCUCCCCUCUUUCAAUUAAUGUUCUCAAGCUGUGAGAUACGUGUUUGCGUAGCUAGACAAGUCAUCAUUUGAUUAUUUAAUUGGGUGUAAAGGUUGUCUGCCCUAAAGCAUUUAACAUGUACAGACCAGUUUUGCUAGGCUCAUAAGUUUGAUUUGUUGAUUGUACAGAUCUAUUAAGGGAAUAAAAUAAAGUUAUUGAAAGUGUU